GUUCAACACCGAGUCCGAUUUCAAAACCCAGACGACUCCUUCCCAGCAGCUUCACGGCAACCGCCCUCUCCGUCCCGGUUUCCGUCCUCUGCGGCCAUGCUGGCCAGGAGCGUUGCACGAUGCUCCAAUAGACUUAGGGUCUCGGUUUCACGCCCAUCGUUACCAUUCGCCCGAUCACAAUGUCGGCGAUUCUCGAUGCCUUCAACCGGACCGACGCCGGGGUCCCCUCCACCAAUGUCGAGCACCGGGAUGCUUGCGCCAUUCGUGGGCGAGCUUGACAGGAUAGCCCCCUCGUUCAAGGUGAAUGGCUCGCAGAUUCAAAUAUUGCAGUCGCCCGCCGAAUUCUACGAGACCCUCAAGGACAAGAUCCGCAAUGCGGAACGGCGCAUUUUCCUAUCAACGCUGUACAUCGGCAAGUCGGAGAGGGAAUUGAUCACCACCAUACAGGAAACCCUCCGGGCGAAACCUGAACUCACACUCAGCAUUUUAACCGACGCCCUCCGAGGAACCCGCGAGGCUCCGGAGCCGUCCUGUGCAUCCCUAUUAGCACCCCUAAUUGCCGAGUUUGGCCCUGAUCGAGUCGAGAUCCGCAUGUACCACACACCGAACCUGACGGGACUGAGGAAGAAGUACGUACCGAAGCGGAUAAACGAGGGAUGGGGUCUGCAGCACAUGAAGCUAUACGGGGUGGACGACGAGAUAAUCCUCUCCGGCGCCAAUCUAUCGAGCGACUACUUUACGAACCGCCAGGACCGAUACCACCUAUUUUCCUCCAAGGACGUCACGGAGUAUUUUGCCAACAUCCAGGACGCCGUCUCGUCGUUGAGCUUCUUAGUUAAGCCAUCCGAGUCGCAAGCUGGAUUCGAAAUGGUCUGGCCUGAGGACAAUGCGGCCCCUUCACCUCUUGAAGACCCUACGCAUUUUGUCAAAGAGUCAACAUCUCUCCUCGCCGGGCUAGUGUCGCCUAAGACGGCCCCCCUGACCGCGCACGACGCCACUCCACUCGACAAGAGGGACACCUCGGUGUACAUGCUAUCCCAGUUCUCGCAGCUGUUGUCCCCCGAUACCUCGACAGAGCUUCCGGCGGUAACACACGUCCUAAAGACCCUCUCUUUGCCCCAAUACGCCAAUUCCUCUUGGACGUUUACAGCAGGGUAUUUUAACCCGGCGCCGUCUCUCACCAAGCUGCUACUCUCCACCCAGUCUCACGGCAAUACGGUCAUCACCGCCUCGCCGUUUGCAAAUGGCUUUUAUAACUCACCCGGUGUAUCGGGUCUCCUCCCGGACGCAUACACUCUCCUUGCCCGUCGUUUUGUCCGCGCCGUUCACCAACAACAACUCGAAGCCUCGACGGUGCUCCGGGAAUGGCGAAAGGGCACCGUCGGUGAGCCCGGGGCCUGGACGUACCACGCCAAGGGGCUGUGGAUAACGCUCCCCGGGAGCAAGGACCCCUCCAUCAGCUUAAUCGGCAGCUCUAACUACACUAAGCGGAGUUACUCUCUCGAUCUGGAGGUCAACGCCAUGAUCGUAACCGAGAACGAGGAACUGAAGAAGCGAUUGGGUGAGGAACAGCGCUGGCUGCAGGAGAACACGGCCAUUGUCACUAGGGACGACUUCGCCAAGGCGGACAGGCGCGUGGGGAUUAAGGUCCGCCUCGCCAUGAUGAUGGUAAAGCUCUUGGGGGGUGCGCUUUGAGCAGGGGUCGUUCCUGUCAUUGCCCCUGAAAACACCUUUCUUCUGCGCUCUCGAUGAAACCCAACUUAGCAGAUGGCUGGAAAAGGAUUGUAUGAAUACUGUAAUAGCACUAACAUAGAGCAUUAUACCCGGAAUCGAUCGACUUACAAGCUU